UCUCAACUCCCACCUAAAUAAAAAUUGGGCCUAAUUCAAAACCCCAAAUUGGUAACUAAAGCCCUAAACCCCGAAAUCCCUCUUCAUUCUUCAGUCUCAAAGCUUCAAACAAAGUGUUAUUCUUUGACGUCAUUGCCAUUUUCUCCUCUGUCAGAUGGGUUCAUCGUUUGAAUGUUGAAUGAAACAUUGGUAAACUUUUUUCUUCAGUUGAGCAAUCAAAAAUGAGGUGGCAGAACAAUUUGCGGCAUUUAAUCAAUGUUUUUGGGAAAAGGGUGGAACGAGAUUUAAUUUCAAAUGGAAGUUCUCGGAAUCUUCAUACUGUUACUCAUGCACCAAUUCUUAAAGUUGGAGAAUCAAGGGCAUUGAAGUUGCCUUUUGAAAACUUCCCAAGGCCCUUAUAUCAAUACUUCCAACAGCUAGGAAUUUCCACUUCAAGGAUUUUGCUUGCAGAUUCACCCUCUGAAACACCAAUCUCUUCUCCUCUCAUCCCAAUUUCAGCGGCAAGAGCUGGAAAGACUGAGGGCCAGACUGAAAACCAGGCUGUAAAACCAAAGCCUGCAACAGUUCAAGCUAUUUUGAAAGGAAUAAAGCAGAGUCCUAAAAAGGUGAAUUUGGUUGCUGCUUUGAUCCGCGGAAUGCGUGUUGAAGAUGCAUUGUUACAGUUGCAAGUGACUUUGAAACGGGCAUCAAAAACUGUCUAUCAGGUGGUCCACUCGGCUCGUGCUAAUGCUGUUCAUAAUCACGGAUUAGAUCCCGAGCGGCUUUUAGUUGCCGAAGCUUUUGUUGGCAAAGGAUUUUUCAAGAAGAGACUAAGCUAUCAUGCAAAAAUGAGACAUGGGAUAAUGAUGAGACCAGAAUGUAGACUAACAGUGGUGGUAAGAGAAUUGACUUCAGAAGAAGAAGCUGAAGUAGCGAAACUCAGAGUCAGUAAUUUCAAGAAGCUCACGAAACGGGAAUCACGACUUGUUCCUCAUAAGCUCAUUGAGAGUACACCAAUUUGGGGGAGAAAGAACAAAAGUAGUAGCCAGACAUCUUCUGUUAUGGCUUGAUAGAGUCUUUCUUAGCCAAGUGUUUGAUGACUUUUACCCUUUUAUGCUAUAUUUAUAGACAUUUUACCCUGAAGAUUUUGUGUAAACAUUAGUGGCAUCCUGAAACACCAGUGUUGGUUUGAAAUGGAUCUAUAGUUAGCAGCAAAUAAGAUCUCUCAUAUUAUCAUUCAUUCAAUGAGUUGUAAUGCGUUUUAUUUGUAGGCUUGAGAUCUCUCAAAUAACAGAUGAUAAUCCACUGCAAAAUCACUUUACAUUUCAA